UGCUCCUAUUGGUCAAACAGAACGUCAGCUGCCGCCGCAAAGACGCACGUGCUUUUACUUGAAGAGCAAGAUGGCAGCCUCCGUGUGUCGGUGUUACGAGCUUUUUGGCAGAAAUGCCAUGGUGCUCUGCACUCGUUCUCUGGUCUCUACGACAUGGAGAAGAGAUGCUUUCAGGUUACACAGGGGUCCUGCUGCAGCAAUGCAGGUCCGAUAUUCUUCAGGACGUAAAGGUUUUCUGGGAGAGUUUGUUGAAAACCUCCGUCAGGAGUUUGGUAAGAAUCAAGAGAUGAAAGAAAACAUCAAGAAGUUCAGAGAAGAGGCCAAGAGGCUCGAGGAAUCUGAUGCCCUUCAGCAGGCCCGUAGGAAAUAUAAAUCUAUUGAGGCUGAGACAGUGAAGACAUCUGAGGUGUUUAAAAAGACUUUGGACUCUCUUUCAGAGACGGUUAAUAAGGGCCUUGAGGAGGUGAGUCGCUCCAACAUAGGGAAGAAGCUAAAAGAGGGCGUGGAAGAGGCGACCAAGACAGCCAUGCACUCUGCUGAGUCUGUCUCUAAAGGUGGAGAAAAACUGGGCAGGACCAGCGCCUUCAGAGCCAUCUCACAGGGUGUAGAAUCAAUGAAAAAGGAGAUCCGUGUCGACGACGGCAGCCCUUACAGGGCUCCGUCUCAGCUGAGGAUGAGGAGUGAUUUCUCAUUUAAAACGGCAGACGGCGACACCAGAGUAUUUGAGGCCAACGAGGAGGCUAUAGGUGUUGUUCUGCAUAAAGAUUCAAAAUGGUACCAGCAGUGGAAGGACUUCAAGGAUAAUAAUGUGGUUUUUAAUAGAUUCUUUGAGAUGAAGAUGAAAUAUGAUGAAAGUGACAACGCCCUGAUCAGAGCAUCCAGAGCUAUGACUGACAGAGUCACAGACUUUCUAGGUGGCCUUUUUUCAAAGACAGAAAUGUCUGAAGUGUUGACAGAAAUCCUGAAGAUUGACCCCAACUUUGACAAAGACACUUUUCUCAAACAGUGUGAGAAAGACAUAAUCCCUAACAUCCUGGAGGCUAUGAUCCGUGGAGAGCUGGACGUAUUAAAGGACUGGUGCUAUGAAGCUACGUACAGUCAGCUGGCCCACCCGAUCCAGCAGGCCAAGGCUCUGGGACUCCUCUUUCAGUCGAAAGUCCUCGACAUCGAUAAUAUAGAUCUAGCGAUGGGUAAGAUGAUGGACCAGGGCCCGGUGCUGAUCAUCACCUUCCAGGCUCAGGUUGUCAUGGUGAUCCGAAGCCCCAAAGGAGACAUUGUAGAGGGAAAUCCGGAGAAAGUGAUGAGGAUGAUGUACGUCUGGGCCUUGUGUCGUGACCAGGAGGAGCUGAACCCCAGUGCAGCCUGGAGAUUGCUGGACAUCUCCGCCUCCAGCACCGAGCAGAUCCUCUGAAUCAGGAGGGGGGUGGGGGCGGGGGGGACGGUUCAACUGGAACUCAAACCGAUACGGAGGACAGAGGAUACAAACCUGUAGCUGGGACAGCUGCUCAUCCUGUAUACGAACAUUAACCGAAGAGGUGAAGCUGGGCUCCUCUGUGGCUGUUUGCACUCAUUCCCAUCAGUAAGAUUUACCUGCUCAUGAACAUGCUUGACCACUUCCUGGUGCACUUCUGGGAACAGCGAGGAGAAAUGCACCGUGCUUGUUAGUUUGGAUUGCGUCUGAGAAAAGCGCCUGAACACCAUCCUGCAUCUCUUCAUCCAGCACUACUGAUGAUCAUCCAUAGGAUCUUUGUGGCAAAGGUUAAAAGAACCACGUCACAGGAAGUGGAAAAACAUACAUGUUUGAUUCGGUGGGUUUGUGAAGUGGUUUAAAGUGUGACCUCAGCUUCACUUUUUUUUAAAUUAUGGACCAGAAAAAAAACAGCAUUCAGAGUUGUAUUCUCUUUUUGGAAAGUAUGGAAAAGUGUACUUGUUAAUAUUUUCACAUAUACUUUAUAAAAUAUUCAUUUUGUGUCAAUAUCAGCAUUUAACCUAAAACCAACUGAGCUUUGACAGCAAACUGGGCCUAUUAUUUUCUAAACAAGUCGGGUGACAGUCCUUUAUAAAAUAAUGUAGUUUUUAAGGAUGAUUGAACGAACUGAACUGGUUAUAUUUCAGAUCAAAAACCAGUCAGAGGCCAAAUAAAUGGAAAUGCAAGAAUAUUUCAUUAUAAAAUACAUUCGUAAUGCCAGGUGAGUCUAAACUUCUCUGAUUUUCUAGGAGUAGUUUUUAAAAAGCCUGUUUUCUCAUGUUUCAGCACAAUGCCUUCAUCUAAAUCUGACUUAUAUCUUUAUUUUGGUAUCAGCCUAUUGUUUGUAUAUUUAUCAGAUGUUAUCUUUUUUAUCACAUGGGACCAGCUGUGGGGGAUUAGUUCAUUUCAGUUCAGUUCAUUUAUUUAUAAAGCACUUUAAAACACCCAGCACAGGAACAAAGUGCUGUACAGAAAAUACAUUAAAACAAUAGAAUAAACAGAAAGCAAAAUGUGUCCACUUAAACCUAUAAUGACAGGUACACACACACCAGAACAAAGUAGACAUAUGAGACGUAGAGCGUGACCAGUCAAGAGUGACUUAAAAACAGGUAAGGAACUGGCCUGUCUUAGGAUUAGUUCUCAUUUUGGUGAUUAUCUGUUGGUCUUAUUAAACUGUUAUGUUUUAAAAUGGGUAAAAGCUGAGGAGGAAGACAGAAUUGAACGAGUAUUUUAUUAUGUGGACUGCUCUGUUGUACAGACUGCUGUUGUCAUUUGUGUUGCACAACGUGAAUUAUCCCUGAUGAAACUAAAAUAGAUUAUUCUGGCGUUCA